CUCAACUGUAUUUUCAUGUAUAUAGUAGGGCUGUGACGAUAUUAGAUUUUUCACACCACAGUUAUUGUGGCCAAAAGAAUUCACAAUAUCGAUAUAUUGCGAUAUCUAUAGAAACCUUUGGGGAAAAAACUUUAUUAGUCAAAUUAUUUUUUACUUUAUUUAGUUUUUCUUUUUUACCCAUGCAACGAACAUAAGGAUACAGAUAAACAGGGCACAUGCAUUUUCACUUCUUACAUUCUCAAUCUAUGGCAAAUUUUUGUGAAGGAAGACAAGCAUGUUAAGUUUCUCUGGUUUCAAACUGGAGCGAAACACUGUCUGAAUGUUUUCUCUGGCUUUCUCGGUCUUCUUUGAAGCUCCCUAUGAAAUAACAAGAGAGAAAAUACUGUCAAGAUCAACAGUAUGAUGAAUAACUAUUGACAUCAAAACUGAUACUUUAACCUGUUAACUUGCGUACCCCUAUUUUAAGCUCUUAAACCUAUGGUUGCGCUGGCGCCACCACAGAUGAGGCAUUAAUAACCCUUUAAUUAAAUAUAAAAACACAGAAAACCGCUGUUAACAGGUUAAUGUAACAUUUCCCAUUCCGUGAUUAGUAAAAUAAUCGCAACUUACUCUCUGUAAAACGCGUAAUCCGCAGGGUGAUGGACGCGGAGGUGGGUAAAAAGGUUGGUGGUGUUGCCAACCAGAUUGGGUUGUCUAAGGAGCUGUUUUCUUUGAAGCCGAAAAGCUCCCAUACUGGCGAGCUUACUUUUUUCGGGUGUGGACAAAGCCUCUCACUCUCCCGCUCAGACAACAUGAUUCUUCUCGGAGUAGCUGCGCGCGCUGCGUCUUCUUCUUGUUUGACAGUUGUCAGCGUUAAGGUGCAAUACUGACACCUGGGAAGUCAACCAGGUACUGGCGCUGGAGAAUUUAUGUGUCGUGUUAUCAUAAGAGUCCUGUUCAUUUUAAAUAUUAUGGUUAUCGACAAUACCGGUAUAUCGUCACACCCUAAAUUAACACGAUGUCGAUAUUUCAUGCUUUGAAUAUCACGGUUAUCGUCAAUACCGGUAUAUUGCGACACCUCUAGUAUAUAGGUAUUGAGCUUUAUUUGCAAAGUUUACUUCAAUAGAUUUUACUUCAGUAGAGCUCCUGACUAAACAUUUUUGCCUGUAAUUCUGAAAUAAUUGAAUUACAUCAGUAUGCUUACUCAAUUAGUAGCAGUAUUUGGAGCAGCAAGAUAACAUCCAAAACAUAUUUAAUACACAGUCAAUUCGUGUGUGUAUCUUAUAUAAGUUUUUUAUACAUAUUAAACUAAUGUUUAAAUGUCUGUGACUGUUUGAAAUUUUAUUUUAGAUAUAAUAUAGCUGGGAGAAAUGCUAGGCACAUCAACCACUGUUUUUUCCCCACAAAGCUUUUGUCUUGACUUUGGUACAUGACUUGUGGCUGAUUAUGCUAAGAACAUUUAAGUGCAACACUAAUUUAAAAUCUAUAUACAAUCAUCCAUAUAGAAUCUUUAUUAUAUUAGCACAAAACUUCAUAUUUUAGACUGUAGGAUUGUUCCCUGAAAUUUUGGCCCUAAUAAUGUCUGUAUUUUAAAAUUAUGGAGGGAAAGAGGUCACAUUCUUCAGAACCCAACUGUGUGUCCAUGAAGAGUGACUAUUCAAUGGGACAUCUACCGAGGUUCAGAGAUGGAGACUUUAACAAGUGUUGAAGCAGUAAUACACUAAACUGUGCAUGUGCCACAUCCCAGUCUUCUGCUGGAUUUCAGCCACUGUUCUAGAGAGAAUGUUGGGUGAAGCAGAGAGUGGAGAGAUCCCCAAGACUCUGACUCAAAUGUUCACACACUUCCUGAUCUUUCAGAUCAAACACACCGACCAAAAGUACCAUCAGCAAUGUGACCUUGAUUCUCAGCAGACCAGAGAGAGUAUCCUGGCACUGGGAAAACUGGCUUUCCAACAGCUGGAGAAAGGCAAACUUAUCUUCUAUGAGGAAGACCUGAGAGAAUGUGGCAUUGAUGUCAGAGAAGCUUCAGUGUACUCAGGAGUGUGUACCCAAAUCUUCAGAGUGGAGUUUGGGCUUCACUUGGAGAAAGUGUUCAGCUUUGUGCAUCUUAGUGUUCAGGAGUUUCUGGCUGCUCUGUAUGCAUUUCUUAUCUUUAUCAACAAGGAUCUCACAGAAAAUCAAACUACAGAUCUGUUUAGUCUUUUCAGCAAAUCAAACAUGUCUGAUUUCCUCAGGAGUGCAGUGGACAAGGCCUUACAGAGUGAGAAUGGACACCUGGACCUGUUCCUCCGCUUCCUUCUGGGUCUCUCACUGGAGUCCAAUCAGACUCUCUUACGAGGCUUAAUGCCACAGACAGGAAGCAGCUCUCACAGCAAGCAGGAAACAGUCGAGUACGUCAAGGAGAAGAUCAGGGAGAAUCCAUCUCCAGAGAAAACCAUCAAUCUGUUCCACUGUCUGAAUGAACUGAAUGAUCAUUCUCUAGUGCAGGAAGUACAGCAUUACCUGAACAGCACAGGUAACAGUCGUCUCAGUGGAACCAGACUCUCUCCUGCCCAGUGGUCAGCUCUGGUUUUUGUGUUGCUGAACUCAGAACAGGAGCUGGAGGAGUUUCAUUUGAGGAAAUAUGAACCAUCAGAGGAAUGUCUUCGGAGGCUGCUGCCAGUGAUCAAAGCCUCUAAAAAAGCUAUUCAAUGACUGAAGUCUGGAACCCAUAGACGGUUUCUUUCCUGGUGAUGCUCUGCCAAGCCUUUUACUGCAGCUAUCUUCAGUUCCUGUUUGCUCUUUGGGCAUUUUGAAUCAUGAAAUUUUGAACAGAUGAUGUAGAUCUUUACACUUCAGAAUUCAUCCUUCUGCUUUUGUCAGCAGCUUUUUUCAGAUGUUUCUGCAAAGACUAAUCUGGUGUUCCUGUUUUUGAGACCAAUGGUUUGUAUUUUGUGGUAAAUCAUCUGUAUUUACUCUGGUGAAAAUCUUCUCUUGAUUUUUGACUUGAACACAGAUGCACCUACCUCCUGGACAGUGUUCUUGAUCUCACCUGAACUGUUGUGAAGAGAUUCUUCUUCACCAGGGAAAGACUGUUUCUGUGGUCUUUCAGGCCUUCUGGGAUCUUAAGCUCAUCAGUGUGUUCUUUUUAAGAAUGAACAAAAUAGUUGAUUUGACCACUCCUAAUGUUUUUCCUAUCUUUCUGCUGGGUUUAUUGUGAUUUUUCAGCCUAGUGAUGGUUUGCUUCACUGGCAGUGACAGUUCUUUCAACUUCAUAUUGAGAGUUAAAGGCAGCAGAUUCCAAAUGCAAAUGCCACAACUGAAAUAAACUCUAGAUUGUUUAUCUGCUCACUUGUAAGUGAAAUAAUGACAGAAGAAUGAAUGAAUGAAAUCUGUAAUUUGUUCCUUCAUUUAUUCAUUGUUUAAUUUCAACUCCAAUAUACUGUGGUAGACAGCUAAAAUAAUUAUAACUUCGUCAAAGUUCAAAUAUUUAUGGACCUAACCAUAUGUCUGCACUCCAACUGUACUUGGGUCCUCAACAAAAAAAAAACAGAACCACGGUCAGACAAAAAAGAGAUCUUGAAGCAACAUAUUUGUAACCAUAUGAGUACAGAAUACAAGGCACACAAACUGUUUUACCAUCUCUGGAAAACUCAGCAUAAAGCUUUGUAUUACUAACAAAAAAUCUAGAUCACUGUCAGGCAGUAGAGACGAUUACAAGUGCAGGCUGACUUUAUUUGCCAUAGGUAACAAGUCCAGAUUGACUGACAGAAUCAUUGGCUAUGUUUACAUGCACAUGAAUAUUCCAAUAUUAAUUGGAAUUUGGCAAUAUUCUAAUUAGUAUUGAGUCAUCUAAACACCGCAAUCUGAUUGCCCGAUUCAGAUUAAGAUUGACUGAUUCCCCAAAUUCUGAUUCCCACCCCUGGAGUAUGCCUGUUUUAAUCAGAAAUUUGUUGCAUGUAAACACCUUAUUCAGAAAAUCCACUGGAAGGAGAUAUGUGCACAUGCUCAGUACAAAAGGAAUUGUGGGUGCUAACAGAUGCUUAGCUAUAGGCUAGGUAUUUAGGAAUGGCAAUUCAUGCAUUCUUACAACAACCAUGUAUAUAGGGAUAUUCCGAAGCCUGUACACAUAUAAACAUCGUAUUCAGAAUAUGGCUGCAACCAAAAUAUAGACCUUAAAUGGAAUUUGUGCAUGUAAAGGUAGUCAGUGUCAAGAAACAGGCAUUCAGAGGACAGAACAAUAACUUAAAAAAAAAAAAAAGAAACAGGAACCAAGAUAUUGUGCACAAAAUUAAAAGGCUUGGAAUUGUAGUGAGAUCUACCCAGAGCAAGACCUUUUUACAUUGUACAGGUUUACCACAUUUUCCAGGUUAUAUAUGUGUGUGAGACAGUGUCCAGUGUCUAUAUUUAUUAGUCAGUCUAGGAAUCUGGCUGAAUCCGGCACUGAUAUGACCAAAUUGAUUGAUUUAUUUAUUUGUUUGUUUGUUUGUUUGCUUACUUUGUUAUUAUUAUUUUUAUUGAUAACAUUUUGAUAAAUAUUUUAUGUAUAUUUAUAAAAUUAAAAUUAUAUAAUCACAUUUCUCCUUUAUUAAUGACAGUGUUAAAUCAACCUCUAUGAAAACCAGUAACACAUUGAGAUUUCUUAUAGAUGUUAAUUAUUAGCUGUAUUUUGGAUAUUUGUAUAUUUGAGGUCAGUCUUCUAAUAUUUCAUAAUU